AUGCCACCUCACAACCCCCACCCCCUCCCCUCCCUCACGCUAAUCGUGGCAACGACCCCGAUCCGCACCGCGUCAACAACCACAAAAGAAGAAAUCACGCGCCUAGGCAUAGGCCUAAACGGCACGCUCCCAUGGCCACGCAUAAAAACAGACAUGUCAUUCUUCGCACGCGUGACAUCCCGCCCACCAAGCCCAGGCACGACGAACGCGAUCAUCAUGGGCCGGAAGACGUACGACUCAGUACCGGCCUCACUGCGCCCGCUCGCGAAGCGAAUUAACGUCGUGAUCACGCGUGACACGUCCGGGUCUGUCCGCGAGAGCGUAACUACGGAAUUGGGGAAUAUGAGGAGAAAGAUUGCGGCCAAGGCCGCUCAGACACAGGCUACGAAUUCGGAAAAGGAGACUUUUGACCCGCCCAAGGAAGCUGCUCCGGCGGACCCGAUGACGGAUGCGAUUGUUACGCCGAGUUUGGGCGCGGCGUUGGAGACGUUGGACUCUGUGGUCGUUAUGACGAAUGUUGUGCGGAAGGGGGCUGUGGGUGCGUCUGCUUCGUUUGAAUGUGAUACGUUCUUCCCGCUGGAUGGGCUUCAUGAGAAGAAUGGUUGGCGGGCUGUUAGCCCUGGGGAGGUUUCUGAGUGGGUUGGGGAGGAGGUUGAUGGCGAGUGGAAGACGGACGGGGAUGUCGAGGUUCAGAUGGUUGGAUAUGAAAAGUUGACUUAG